AUGGACAGCGCUAUAUCAACGCCGCCAGCGCAGACCCGAGUGUCCGUCUGUCCCAUGAUAUUGUUUCGCCCUCCGGUCCACGACAAACCGACGUCCGUGAAGAAUCGAAGAUACAGCAGAACAGCUUGUUUUUCCCAGCCUGAUCGCCGAUCCAGCGCCGGCUUCAGCUUCGCCCACCUUACCCGCGAUAGCGGGCGGGGGGCCCGCAAUAAAGUCUCUAUCGCUACGCACUUGGCUGUACUCUCCAUUCCCUUACAGUACAGACGGACCAGGCUAUGCAGCCAGCAAACGAAGAGACGGCAUCCGCCCGGCUGGAGCAAGCCGAGACCGCCAUUAGCAGCCUAUCCGCCGACAUCCGGAGUCAGAUCGAGGUGGGCCAACGGCAACAGCAACAGCAGCAGGAGAUGGCCCAAGCCCUCCAGAGUUUGUCGGUGGCUGCGCCCCCAGCUGUCACGUGCCCCCGAGAGGGGGGCCCCGGCUUGUGACACGGUCGACGCAUUCGCGGAGGAAUUGCUCUGCUUGUUCGACCUGGGCUCUGCCGCCGAAGACGCCGCCGAGGAACUGGCGACGCUGCGUCAAGGUAGCCGAUCGGUCGCAGAUAACGCCCUCAAGUUCCAGACCCUGGCCGGCAGCAGCGGGUGGAACGAGCCGGCGCUCGUCAGCACGUUCCUCAACGGUCUCGCGGAGUACAUGAAGGACGAGCUAGUUUCCCGCGAUCGUCCGCGAACCCUGAAGGACGCGAUGAACUUGGCGGCCCGAGUAGACCGGCGGAUACGAACGCGGCGGCGCGAUCGGGAGCGGAGGCCCAUGGAUCUGGGAGGGGGGUCAUCGAGUGACAGGGUGCCCGUCAGGAGGCCGGGCUCACGCGGCGUCGGGGAUCCACGUGAGCUCGACCAGCACAGGCUCUCCCAGUCCCAGUACGCUCACGUUACAGGCACGUGUCCAGCUCGCGGCGGGCGACCGGAACGUGGCUGCCCUGGUGGAUUCCGGGGCGGAGGGUAACCUCAUGGACAGUUGCCUGGCACGCCAGUGGGGGGAUCAACUUCCUGCCUCUGAGCCCGCCCAUUCCCGCACGCGCCAUCGAUGGCCGUCUGAUCGGCGAGGUGGCCUUCGUGACAGAGCCAGUCAAGGUACUGCUCUCCGGCAAUCACCACGAGACCAUCCAAUUUUUUUUUCUUCCCCCCCCAGGACAGCAGCUCAUCCUGGGGCACCCUUGGCUGCGGCAGCACAACCCGGUACUGGACUGGGAGGUGGGGGUGGUUCGGCAGUGGAGCGAACGCUGCCAUCGGACGUACCUGAGGGCGGCCACCAGCCCGCUCGGUGGAGCCCCGCCCAGCACCUUCCCCCCCAAGGGACGCGUCUACUCCCUGUCCGCUCCUGAGCGCCGGGCCAUAGAGGAAUACAUCCGGGAGUCCCUGGCGGCCGGCAUCAUACGGCCGUCCUCAUCACCUGCGGGAGCGGGGUUCUUCUUCGUGGAGAAGAAGGAGGGCACGCUCCGCCCGUGCAUCGACUACCGGGUAAUAAACGCCAUAACCGUUAAGAACCGAUA